GAUUUCCGUGACGAGGAAACUGUGACUCCUGAGGACAUUCGCAUGAUGGAGAGGACGUGGCGGGGUAUACGGAAGACAACUUUCAUCUUGUUGCUGCCUUUGCUUCUAGCUAAGGUGAACUGCGAAUCUCCGCUGGUUGACAGCAGUGCCCUGCCAUUGGAGCACAGAUCCGUUUACGGACCACCGGCGCAAUAUGGUCCUCCGGCGACACACGGCGCAGAGGAGAAUUGGCCAUUGGCCUCUCCAGAUACGCCUCAAAUAAAGCACCUUCAGGUGCAGUGCGAGAAGACGCACAUGCGAGUGAACAUCGAGUUCGACAGGCCGUUCUACGGUAUGAUCUUCAGCAAGGGUUUCUACUCGGAUCCGCACUGCGUCCACUUGAAACCAGGCACGGGUCAUCUUAGCGCGACCUUCGAAAUCUUCUUGAACUCGUGCGGAAUGAGCUCCUCGGCUAACCACAAUGUGGCGGCUUACGGAGCCCCGACACCUUCCGGUAGCUACGUCGAGAACACUAUAAUCGUUCAGUACGACCCGUACGUGCAGGAAGUGUGGGAUCAAGCGAGGAAGUUGCGCUGCACUUGGUACGAUUUCUACGAAAAGGCGGUCACCUUCAGACCCUUCCAAGUUGACAUGUUGCACGCUGUCACUGCCAAUUUCCUCGGUGACAAUUUGCAAUGCUGGAUGCAAAUUCAGGUUGGCAAGGGACCGUGGGCCAGCGAAGUGUCCGGUAUAGUGAAAAUUGGACAAACUAUGACGAUGGUCCUGGCGAUCAAGGACGACGAGAACAAGUUCGACAUGCUGGUGAGGAACUGCGUUGCUCACGACGGCAAGAGAGCGCCUAUUCAACUGGUGGAUCAGUAUGGUUGCGUUGUCAGGCCGAAGAUCAUGUCCAGGUUCCAGAAGAUAAAGAACUUCGGUCCAAGCGCUUCCGUCGUCAGUUUCGCCUACUUCCAAGCGUUCAAGUUCCCAGACAGCAUGAACGUUCACUUCCAAUGCGUGAUACAAGUCUGCCGUUACAACUGUCCGGAGCCGAAAUGUGGACACCCUGGCCUCGAGUAUGGCGCUCCUGCCGCGGGUCUCACUCAGGAAUACGGCGCGCCAGUUCAUCAGAGCCUUGGUCCUGAAUACGGUGCGCCGCCGGUACCUGAAUACGGCGUGCCACCCGCGUUCGCUGACCCCCGACAUCCUAGUGGACCGGCUGGAGCAUACAGCGAACCGAAUGCGGAUGUUGUACCAGCGCCACAAGCACAAACCUCAUCCUCCUCGCCGAGUUCGACGCCGGGCGACGCGACGGCAAGUAGCUCGCCACAGAGUCCGCAGGAUAACAUUCACCUUCCUCCACCUCCUCUUCCUGGUCACCCGGCAGCGGCCUACCAGACCGUGAAGAGAAAGGGAACCGCCAGUUCCGAGGAGCUCGAGGGUAACCUGGCCACCCUCGGAGGUCGGCCGAGGUCGGUUGAAGGUUUUCCAGCCGAGCUUAGAGGUGCUAGAAGACGAAGAUCCGAUGACCAGGAACAUCUGGAAGACCAUGAUUCCAGCAUCUAUCGAACUGUAAGCUUGGUCUCCACGCACGUGUACAAACGAGCAGCCCAGGAGAUGACGGACGUGAACACCUCCAGGACCAUUCAGGUGGUUGCACCGGGCGACGUGAACUUCGCAUUAGGCACAACAAAUUCGAGCAACGACACCACGGUGGUUAUCCAGAACGCGAGCGCCUCCGCGGAUCCCGAGACGAUCUGCAUGAGUUUGCCAGGCUUCGUUGGCGGUCUGGUGAUGCUUCUUCUGGUAGUGGUAGUCGCCUCGCUGGUCGCGGCGUUCUUAUUCGUGAGGGUGCGAGCUGUCGACCGGAAGAACGUCGGCGUUGCUGGUAGCGGCUUCGUCCAUCCGGCAUACGCGACGGACAACUGCAGCGUGCCGAACCCGGAAUUCGUCAAGGUGGCCAAUUGA